GUUAAGCAGAAAGAGUGCACUCUCUCCACAACUUGAUGGUACCCUAUCAUCCUGUUUUGCUAUCAUCCAAUUCAAAACAAAUAUAACGAAAAACACAUAACAUGAAGGCAUACGUGAUCGAUAAAGAUAUAACCCUACCAGACUUGUCGAGCAGGUUGCGAAACGAUGCAGAAGAACCUGAAGCAGAUGGGGAUCAUGGAGAGAUUUUGGUAGACGUUUAUUCGAGCGCAUUGAACUUUUUUGAUAUUUUACAAAUUCAAGGAAAAUAUCAAAUCAAAAAACCUCAUCCUUUUACUCUGGGUGCAGAAUUUGCAGGUAUAAUCAAUGAAAAAUCCCCCAUUCCAGAAGGAUGUGAUUGGAUUCCUGGAAAAACACGAGUGUUUGGAAUGGCAAAUGGUGCUUAUGGUGAACGUGCAUCGGCAGAUUGGACAAAUGUACGUGAAAUUCCUAAUGGGAUCUCAUUCGAACAAGCUUCGGGUUUGUUUGUAACUUGGCCAACAAGUUAUGCGGCUUUGAAAUUCAGAGCAAACGUUCAACCGGAUGAAUGGGUUUUGGUUCAUGCAGGCGCAGGUGGUGUUGGAUUAAGUGCGAUUCAGAUUGCAAAAGCAUUGGGUGCAAAAGUGAUUGCUACUGCAGGCAGUGCUGAGAAACUCAAGGUGUGUAUCGAACAAGGAGGAGCGGAUGAAGUAGUGAAUUAUCGCGAUAAAGAUUGGCAACAACAGGUGAAGGAUAAGACGGACGGAGGUGUUGAUGUAGUGUAUGAUCCUGUUGGAAUGAUCAUUCCAAGCUUGAAGUUCAUCAAAUGGAACGGAAGGAUUGUCGUCGUUGGUUUUGCAGCUGGAACAAUCGAAAAGAUCCCAGCAAAUUUAAUCUUGCUCAAACAGAUUUCCGUUAUGGGUGUCUUUUGGGGUGCACAUAUCGCCAAUGAACCUGAACGAAUUCCAGAAGCAUGGAAAGCAAUCUUUGAUUUAUUGGAAUCCAAGAAAUGCAAACCAACAGCAUUUGAUAAGAUUUAUGAUGGAUUAGAGACAUUACCACAAGCUUUGAAAGAUUUACAGGACAGAAAGACAUGGGGUAAGGUAGUCGUUCGAUUAAGGGCAGAUCCUCUCUUCCCUCCAAAAGGAUCGUCAAAGCUUUGA